AUGUCAGCUGAUGUGUUCAUGCAAACGAUGAGAAAAAUCCAAAAUACUUUCACAGUGAAGCAACAACAACAGAAAAUAAGAAAAAAUGGAUGUUAUACAAUCAGACAAAACGAUGUUCAUCAAUUUAAUGCAUUCUUAUCUUUUGUCGUCAACAAUGAAAAUCUCUUCAACACUUUUCAACACACAGCGAUUCAACAACUUUAUGUUAUGCAAACAAGUUCUUCGUAUUCUUCAUUUAAAUCAUUUAUCAUAAAAUCCCCAUUUGAGUUGGAAAUGUUUGUCAAUAACGUCAGAGAUGAAAAUGUUCAAAACUUUCUAGAUCAGUUGCAAUCAUUUAAGAAUCUUUCCCACACCCACAUUCUCGAUAUGCGAAUGUUUAGUCCAUUAAACGUCAGUGGAGAUAUUUCGUUUAGCUGUUGGAAUGCAUGCUCAUCAUCAAUGAGAUUUCUCCCGGAUAAAGGACCUUAA